UGGUGAUAAAAUCGGGUCGUUCCAACAGUUUCAACUUGCAAUAAAUUAAUGUUGCAAUUGUAUACCUAUUCCUUUCAUAUCUGAUCGAUCGAAGCGGCUACCUUCUUUGAACAUGGAUUUUGACGUGCAAGUGAUCAAAAAGUCCAAAAGACACACGCGCGAGGAAUUAAAUGGCUUUUCACAAGAGCAACUCGUAGAUAGAAUAGUCCAGCUUGAAUCCCAAAACUUUCAACUGAAAAACAUAGUGCAGAAGGUGACUGGAGUCAAGUCAGAAGAUAGAACUAAGGAGCGCAACAACAAAAAGCGAAAAUUCGAUUUUUCCAAAUGCCACAAGCGACACAUUCUUCUGCGUUUCUACUAUCUGGGAUGGGACUACCAGGGCUAUGCUUCGCAAGAGGACUCGGCUCGGACUAUCGAACAUCAACUUUUUAAUGCUCUAACGCGCGUUUGCCUGAUUGAGAACCGAGAGUCAUCCAACUAUCAUCGGUGCGGCCGUACGGACAAAGGUGUUAGUGCGUUCCAUCAGGUGGUCAGCUUAGACAUUCGUUCGAAAUUUUCUUCCGAAAGCCAGCUGGAUCCUGGCUCGAUUGCCAACGAAAUCAACUACUGCCAGCUAUUGAAUCGUGUCCUACCGCAGAACAUUCGGUGUGUCUCGUGGAUGCCAAUGGUGAAUCCGAACUAUAGUGCUAGAUUCGAUUGCCGAUCGAGGACGUAUCGAUACUUCUUUCCCCGUGGUGAUUUGGAUGUAGAAGCCAUGAAGGAAGCCAGUGGGUACUUGGUAGGAGCUCACGAUUUCCGCAAUCUGUGCAAGAUGGACGUAGGAAAUGGGGUGGUUGCGUUUAUGAGGAGAAUAUCGUACGUGUCGAUUGUGGAUUCGCAAAAGGAUGCGAAUGAGUCUCCUUACGAUAUGUUAUACCUUGAGCUUCGAGGUAAAGCAUUUUUGUGGCACCAGGUUCGAUGCAUAAUGGCAAUUUUGAUUUUGGUGGGCCAAGGCAGGGAAGCUCCAACGGUUGUUAGAGAGCUGUUGGAUGUGGUCAAAAACCCUUGCAAGCCGCAGUACAGUUUAGCCAGUGACUUGCCGUUGAAUUUGUACGAAUGCGAGUACCGUAACAAGGGUGUGUUUGAUCCAGCUAUAUUCGAUAAAAAUGGACCAGUCCUGGAGGAUAAUGAAGACAUGGAUGGUGAUUCGGAUUUGCGAGAGUGGGUUUAUGAAGAGGAGAGCCUAACUCGAACAAUUUCCGAGCUUCAAGCACUGUGGACAUCCAACAGCAUCAAAUCCACAAUGUGCCGAGAAAUGCUUAGAAGCUUGCAAGAAAUAUUUGACCAACGUUUCCCAGAAGCAGACAAACCAAAAUGCCAACAGGCGAUUCUUCUACAGGGUGUUCAAUCGCGGGACUACAAACCGCUGAUGGGUCGAAAGAAGUGCGAGAGUCUGGAAAGCCGCAUCGUUCAUUACUCCAAAAAGCGACGAAUCCAGGUUAGCGUUAAAGACAAGGCAGACAGUAGCGAAGCGAAGAUAGAGCCAGCGGAUGGGGAGGACAACUGCUGAGGUUACUAUGGUGCUGAAGUGAGGAGUACCCAACAGUGGCGGAGAGAAAUUGAGAACUGAAUGCAUAAUAAACCCCACGAGGCGGGUGAUCAAUAUUCCGAACAGGUGUGCUAAGAGUACAUCAAUGAGAAGUGAAGUGCGUGUAAAUGAAACCGCUGCGGUGAAAACUAGUGAGUGAAAUCUGAUCUUUAUUACCGUCAUUAAUUUAUCUUAAUAAAGUUUUGUACAAACAUG